AUGGACGUAACUCGAGGGUUAGAGAACUUCCCUGUAACUGUAUGGCCGCAGUUCGAGCAGCCCCCGGGGUUUCAGUAUAGCCCAGACCAUGUGACUAGAGUUGGAGAUGGACCAGACCCAUCUGAGAUCUCCUUUCCUGGAUGCAGCUGUCAUUCUACUUCCUGCUCAGCUUCCAUGUGCUCCUGCCUUCAUUAUGGAGACAAUUAUAACAAUUCAUGCAUUAUCCGUGAAGGAAAUGAACUGGAUUUUUCAAAGCCUAUUUUUGAAUGCAACACCAUGUGCCAUUGCGGAGAGUUGUGCCAAAACAGAGUGAUUCAAAGGGGCUUGCAAUUCAGACUUGAAGUCUUCAAGACCACAAAGAAGGGAUGGGGUCUUCGCACUCUGGAGUUCAUACCAAAAGGAAGGUUUGUGUGUGAAUAUGCUGGGGAAAUCCUAGAUUUCAAAGAAGCAUGUAGAAGAAUACAGUUGCAGACAUCGAGUGACUCGAACUACAUUAUAGCAGUAAGGGAGCACUUGCAUGAUGAGCAGGUGCUAGAGACAUUUGUUGAUCCUACAUAUAUAGGGAAUGUUGGUAGGUUCCUGAACCAUUCCUGCGAACCAAACCUCUUUAUGGCCCCUGUCCGAAUAGACUCAAUGGUGCCGAAGUUGGCUCUCUUCGCCAACUGUGAUAUUUGUGCAAAUGAAGAACUUACCUAUGAUUAUUCUGGAAGAUAUGGCAAUUACUUACCUGUCAAAUAUCAAGAGAAGCUGCAAAAAGAAGAUUCUAAGAAGCCUUGUUACUGUGGAACUAAAUUGUGUACAGGUUUCUUGCCAUAUGAUAGUUCUUUAUUUUACAAAGACAACACAGGAAACAGCCCUAAAGAAAAACUAUGAAAAUAUAUGCCAUGGUGAUGCAUUGCUAUCUACCUUGUGAUGCUUACAAAAAGUCUGGAUGCUUCUUUUCUCAUGUACAUUUGGAUCUAUCUUCCCAAUCCAGGGCCACUUGUGUGACCAAUUGAUCACAAGUAGAGCCAGAUCAGAAGCUCUUUUAUGAGCAUUAAUGGAAUUCCAAAAUGGUUUGCUGUAGAAAAAAUGCUUACCAUAUUUAUACCCUGGUCACAAAUACAUCUAACAAAAAGCAAAGUCCAUUCAUUCCAUUGAAACUUACUUUCAAAAAAGGAUAAUUGAGAGUGCUUACAUAUAAUUAGCAACACUGUUGCCUGUACACAAAAGUCGAUUAUCCGUAUUCCAGUGAUAUGAGGAUAAAAGCAUGGAGACGUUAUGGGUCGAGUUUUAAUCAGAAGAAAAUCUACUGAUGUAAGAAUAGUGAUCUCUUCUCUUCUCUUCUCUUCU